AUGGAGAACAACGAGGUCAUCUUCCCUACGAAAAUUCUCCUGACAACGACAGACAACAAUAUCGGACUGAUCGCUCGUCAAAGAUGUCUACAAGGCACAGUGAGCGCGCUCUCGACACACUCGGUUGACGCGUCCUCAGUAGCAGACUUGGUGGGUGCGCUCAUGGCAGACUCAGUGAGCGCGUUCUUGUUAGGUUCCGUGGGCGCGUUCUUGUUAGGUUCCGUGGACGCGUUCUUGCGAGGCUCGGCGGGCGCGCUCUCGCUAGAAGAAGCAAGCGACUGGAAGGAUCUGCUGGAGAGACGAGGUCUGAAGUUGGGUGCUGUGCAUGUGGAGAAACAUCACGGAGACUUUGCGCUAGUGAAUUUGAUACUGACUAAGCGCGAAGCGCUCCAAAUCCGUGGAGACGAGACGAUGAAACUAUUCUAUGAUUGGAACAGUCGUCCUCCCUCGUCCUCCCACCGUCCGUCACGGGCGUCGCAGAGCGGCAACGGCGGCGGCGGCGGCGGCGAGUCGCGAGUCGCGACUUGCGACAUACAUCCCCAGAGUGGCCGUGACUGGGGACGGAUGUUGUGCACCCGCACGUCCGUCACCCGUGGGACACCCGUGGGACACUGA